AUGACGCGCCGAACCUCCCGCCUGGCCGUGUCCGCAACUCCCGCUGUUGCUGACGUCCCUGCCACACACGACACCCCCGACGAUUCGAUGAGCCUCGACGUUCCAGAGCAGCUCCUCACACCAGAGGCCAGCCGUUCCGAGACUUCAAGCAACAAUGAGAACGCGUUGAACGAGGAGCAACCGACACAGCGGCGGAGAUCAACACGAGUAGUACGCGCAUCGUUGCGGGCCACCGAGGCGCUUGAGAAUACCCCGGUCAAGAAGGAUGACACCAUCAACUCAUCAAGCCAAGCAUAUGUCGAUAGUCUAGCCAGGGCAAAGCGCUCGCGAUCCGGGCUCAGGCACAGUAUUGCCGUGAUGCAGUCAACUUUGCAGACCGACUCGACCCUGUCUACCGAUGAUAGCUUGAUCGAAGACCACUCAGUGGCCCCCUUUACGCCCAUUUCGAAAUCAUCACAGGAAUCACAGUCCGAUAAUACGAAUAUGUCACUUCAACAGCGGGCUCUACGAAAAAGCGUUGCAAAGGCCUUGGUCCAGGAUGAGAAGGCAUCAGCCACGGCGAAGGCAACCUCCGAUAACAAUUCUCGCCAAUCACUACGACGAUCGACUCGUGCUAGCCUAUUGGACAAAGCUUCAGUAUUUCUGGAACGAGCCAGCAGUGUACUAGGUAAACGAUCGAGAGAUUUAGAUGACAAGGGCAAAGAGGUUAGUCGACGUGCCAGCCUUCGUCCCCGACAUCUUGCACCGGCCAAGGAGGAAGGGCCAGCACUGGCAGCAGAACCUGUUAACAAAAAGCGACGGGUAUCCGAGAGUGAUCUCUCGAAUUUGAAGCCUAAGGAUGGAUCGCCCUCCGAGGAGCCCACAGCCCCGCCUGUUCCCAAGUAUAAGCCUAAGGUAUGGUUGGACCGUGGGUUAUACAGUGGACAAGAGGCAAGCAGUUCUCCCCCGAAGCAACGGAAGAGCAAGAAUUCAGAGAAAACUAGCUUCGACAUCAUCAGAAAACGACGCCAUCUUCCCAUGCCAAUAUUUGCUGGAGCUCGUCUCAUAAAGACCGAGAGGGAUUAUCUUCUUCCAUUUGACAUUUUCUCCCCACUCCCGCCGGGUCAACCGAAACCGGACGAGUGGCGAAAGACUAAUAAGAAUGUCUUCGUGGGUGAUGCUGCCAGCGAAUGGAGAGCAAACAAAAAAGUAGAAUUGUCUACUUGCAUGUGUGAUGAGAUCACUGGCUGUGAUGAAAAUUGUCAAAAUCGCUAUAUGUUCUACGAGUGUGACAAUGGCAAUUGCCGAUUGGGUGCAGAAUGCGGCAACCGAAACUUCAGCGAGCUCAAGGCCCGAACAAAGGCCGGCGGCAAGUACAAUAUUGGUGUCGAAGUUAUCAAAACUGAAGAUCGAGGAUACGGUGUGCGUAGUAACCGUUCUUUCGAGCCAAAUCAGAUUAUUGUGGAAUAUACCGGAGAAAUCAUUACUCAAUUUGAGUGUGAAAGGAGAAUGAGGAAUGUGUAUAAGAACAACGAGUGUUAUUAUUUGAUGUAUUUCGACCAGAACAUGAUAAUUGACGCCACACGAGGUUCCAUUGCUCGAUUUGUCAACCACUCCUGUCAGCCCAAUUGUCGAAUGGAGAAAUGGACAGUUGGCGGAAAGCCACGCAUGGCUCUAUUUGCAGGAGACCGAGGUAUCAUGACUGGGGAUGAGCUGAGUUAUGACUACAACUUUGACCCAUAUUCCAACAAAAAUGUCCAGCAAUGCCGCUGUGGAGCACCAAAUUGUCGCGGCAUCCUUGGACCUCGACCGAAAGAAAAAGACCAGCGUGCCAAAGCAGAGGCUGCUAGUGUUAAUAUCACCAAGACUGCGGGUACGAAGCGAAAGCGUGACUCAACGGCUGGAACUGCAACAACUCAAGCAAAGAAGCGCAAGCUGCUCAAUACGAAAUCAAUCAAAGCUGGUAUCAAGAGAGUUGCAACCAAGGUCACGACUGCGCGCGGCAAGACAACCACUAAGAAGACUACCACCACUUCCACAAGGGGUGGUUCAGCCAAGAAAAGUAUAGAAAAAAAGCAGGUCAAGCUGCCCACAGUCAAAGCAACGUCGAGGGUCAAGGCUGCCAUCAACGGCUCACAACGGAAGACAGCAUCUGUGAAGGCAAAGACGGCCACUUCGUCAGCUGGAAAAACCAACCAGCUCAAGCGGCCUUCUGCUGAAACCAAGAAGAAAAUCCUCGCCAACGCUGCAAAGGGAGCCAGGUCUCCGACCAAUUCUCCAGCCAAGUCACCUGUGAAAGCCAAAGCAUCAAAAGCCGAGACAAAAACAUCCCGCAAGCCCGUCGCGAGAAAACCACCCACCAAGAGCCUUAUCAAAGCCAAGAUGCCUGCCUCCCAGGCUAAGGGCACUCUUAAGAGCCCUGGAAAGACUACCAAGGGCAAAAGCCUGGGCAGCAGCAUGAAGAGCGCAGCCCGUAGUGUUGUCCGAACGAUGAAAGGCGUCACAAAAUAA